AUGAAGAAGGAAAGACAGGUUCUGAUGGCCGCAGCUGCUCUGACCCAGUAUGAGAAACAGAAAGUCUGGCAUAGCAGAACAACCAACAACACAGACUCCUCACAAACAACUUCGCUGCCAACAGUUUCUUCAUUAACCACAGCAGUUAAUGGUGAAGGAAGCACAACCGAUGGUGUCAGGGAGAAUGAGUUCAUCACCACAAAUGCAACAGUGACAAAUCUUCCACUUACAAAUGUUGUUUCAACAUUACAAAGUUCCCACAGUAAGACUGAGAAUCAGAGUUCAACCAAAACAACAGAAAGAGUAGUUAAUUCUGUAACAUCAGAUACUUCAUCUUCUAAAACCAGUACAUUACCCUCAACGUUGAUAACAAUUUCGGGAAACACCUCGCAGUCUCAAGGCACUAAGAAGGCAAAACGUGCAAGCUCUUCUUCAACCAACGCCUUUUAUUCCAGUAUUAUUUUGCCAGUGGUUAUUACUUUGAUUGUAGUAACACUUGCAGUAUUUGUUCUGGUGUGUUUGUAUCGAAUGUGCUGGAAGACAGACCCAGGCACCCCGGAAAAUGGAAAUGACCAACCUCAGUCCGAUAAAGAGAGUGUGAAGCUUCUCACUGUUAAGACAAUUUCUCAUGAGUCUGAUGAGUGCUCUGCACAAGGAAAAACCAAGAACUGACAGCUUGAUGGAUCCUCCCCACACCUGGGCAAUAAACAUAACUGCGCCAUGCUCUGGCAUGUGCUGGACCAUCUGUCAGCUGCAGAUGCUCUAUGAGAACGUCAGACAUAUCCUGCUCUACAGUCCUUUCCACAGAGUAAGGUUUGACAUGGACUCUGUGGCCACUCUCUGCUCUUCAGACUGCCCCCAGGCCACGGCAGCCAACGUCCAGCUUUCCCCACACAAGGCAACAGUGCAACCAUCCCUAUUAAAGGCCCUGCCUCUGCCAACCAUGCUGUGAAAGAGCAGGGUGCAGGUCUCCACCCCUGGUACCAGUGCCCACCCCCUCCCACACCAUACCGUCCUCCUCCCAGAUUCUAGCACACCAGCAGCAAUGCCGUCAGCCACACCGCAUCUAAGCCCUGCCAGGUCGGGCCACCACCCCUUUCCCACUUGAGGCACAGGUGCCUCCGUCUCCUGCUCCUUUUUGGACCAAGACAGAAAGUUGUUUCUGCAUUGCAAAUGAGAAAAUCCCUCAGCACAAAACCACAGCCCUGGCUCCCCUUC